CCAUUCAGACAUUCUUCUGGUGGAUAGCUGAGAUUUUUGGGUGCAUCGUAAAGAUGAAAAAAAAAAACUGUUUAUGUGACAUAAUUGCAGUCACUUAAUUUUCCCGGAUAACUGCAUAAAUAUUUCCUGUCUUAUCUUACCACAGACAAGCAGCAAGACAUCUCCACAGCACUGCUUUUAAUAGAAAUCCACGUUCAUAAUGAACACACAGACAGACUAUCACAAUAUAGCGUGGAGCAUAUUUACAGUUAUUGAAGAGAGAUGUAAAGAUUGAGAUGACACGCGCGGUGUUUCCUUCACUUCCUGAUGGCAAACAGGAUCACAUCUGGUGAGUUUAACUGCAAGCUGGAGCGGUUUUUACUAAAUGCAAUCGUAUAAUCUGGACAAAAGCACGAGUGCUCCGGUCCGCCCGGGUGGGAGACACGUAACGGGAAGUUUUGGGUCCAGUUUCAACGCUUUACGGGAAGAGGCUGCAGAUGUUGAGCUGAGGAUCCGCAGUUCCCUGAGUCCAGAACCGGAGAACAAAGAGAAAUGGCUCAAGAUGUCUUAUGAGACAGAGAAAACAUGCCUGCUGGCUCCACAGGAAUCUCGCAUAUCAUGUGGAUACCACACAGCUAAUGAGAAAUAUGAAAUCCCAGGAAUGGGGGAGGACAGUGUCUUGGAGAUGCUGAGCUACUCCAAAUUUACCGAUCUGGAGACGUGGCUGUGCAUGCCCUCUACUCUGCUUCCCAGGAGCCGAGAUUCGUUUUGCUCUAUGUUGCAAUCAUCCCGCGAUAGUAAAACUGGAGACACAAGCAAAGAAUCCAGGCCCCUGGAGAAAGAGUCUAUCCAUCUGAGCCAGGAGAGGAAAACCCACCACUUGCCACCCUCCCCAAUCCUGCCAGUUUCAGCUUCCCCUCAGUCCUCAGAGCCCCUGCGGACCACCUCAACACCUCUUCCCAAGCCCACCAGAGACUCCUGUCAAGGCGCCGUUGGUGUGAGGAAACGUCGGCGUCUGGCAGCCAGCCCCGGAGGACUGCACUGGGAUGCAUCAGGAUCAGUACUGCGUGACUAUGACCGAGGGGAGACGUCUUCACUUUCGGAAGUGAAGCGCUACCCUAGGACUGUGGGUUCGGAGAGACCCGUUCCUGAGCUUUGGAGAGACAGAGCGGCUCUUAGGAAAACCAUAUCUGUCGAUGACCGUUUUCUACAGCAAACACCUAGAGAACAUCACAGACUCCUUAGCCGACUGGAGAGAGGCAAGAAGAAGCUCAGGAACAUCCAUAGUCUUGGAGCCACAGGCAGAUACGAAACCAAUCAAAACAGAUCUGACAGUAAGAUCUCCCGACUGGCUCAAAGACUCAACCAGAGACAAAGCGAUGCUGCAUUGAUUAAGGAUUUCCGACCACUUUUCCUCCUCACCGGCUCAUCAGGAAGCUCCCAGAGCCUGGACAGGAACUUCUCCAUUAGCAUGACGCAACAGAUGCAGAACCUGCAGCUAACCCAGAACAAGAAGGGGGCGGGCCCUGCCUCCCCCAGCGCUGCAAAGCGCCUUUACCGCAACCUGUCAGAGAAAUUCAAGGGAAGCCACUCUUCCUUCGAGGAUGCCUACUUUUUCGGCCGAUCUGACCGAAUUCGUAAAGUGUCUAACAUUCAGAGCAGCGAGCUUUUGUUCGAGGCGGUUGAGCAGCAGGAUUUGGACGCCGUGCAGCUCCUGCUGUUUCAGUACACGGCUGACGAACUGGACCUCAACACCCCCAACAGCGAAGGCCUGACGCCGCUGGAUAUUUCCAUCAUGACCAACAACGUCCCGAUAGCAAAGCUGCUGCUCAAAGCCGGAGGGAAGGAGAGCCCACACUUUGUCAGUCUUGAAAGCAGAGAUGCCCAUCUCUCAGCGCUGGUGCAAGAAGCUCAGAGAAGAGCCAGUGAGCUGUCCACCCAGGUGAUGAGAGAGAGUCUCAGCCUGGAAACGUCUGACAAGGAAAAACAUCUUAAAGACUGGGAGUGGAGAUGCAGGCUGUACAAGCGAAUGCGUACCGGAUUCGAGCAUGCAAGGCCACCGGAUGCUCCUUCAGCUGUGCGUCUGAGUGUUACUGGCAGCACGUCGCUCACUGUUACCUUUCAGGAACCUGCCAGCAUGAACUCUGCUGUGGUGACCAAAUACAAAGUGGAAUGGAGCUGUCUAAAGGACUUCUCUUUAUUAGCCGGUGAGCUGACUUUAGAGAAUAUGCAGUCCCUGAAGUGCACAAUAACGGGUCUCACUACGGGUAGACAGUACUACGUCCAAGUGUCCGCCUACAAUAUGAAGGGUUGGGGUCCAGCGCAACUGUCUCAGCCUCCCUCUGCAGUUCCCUCCAACUGGAAGGAUUGCGAUGGGAGAGAGAACCGGAGGAGAGGGCACAUCGAGGCGAUGGAGAGGCUGUUACAGCAGGUUCGAGCCACACACCAGCACUACUGCUGUGGAGACACAUCAAAGCUGCCAAAUCCAAGUCGUAAACAGUCAGUGUCCCGAAGCUUGAAACAUCUGUUUCACUCUUCUAAUAAAUUUGUCAAGACUCUAAAAAGGGGAGUUUAUAUAGCAUCAGUAUUUUACCAUAAGGACAAUCUGCUAGUGACUAAUGAGGAUCAGAUCCCCAUCGUGGAGGUGGACGAUUCAUACAGCAGCUCCCUCAUGCAGGACUUUCUGUGGUUUACCAAGCUGUCCUGUAUGUGGGAGGACGUCCGGUGGCUUAGGCAGAGCUUGGCAGUCUCCACCUCAUCCUCUUCCACACUGCAGUCCAGACAGAAGAUGCUGACGGCCGCUGGCCAGCUGCAGAACCUACUGGGCACCCACAACUUGGGCAGAGUCCACUAUGAGCCCAUUAAAGAUCGCCAUGGCAACGUGCUGCUGGUGACUGUGAGGGAGAUGGACAGCCUCUAUUCUUUCUUUAAUGGCAAGUGGAUGCAGGUAUCCAAACUGCAGAGUCAGAGAAAAUCUCUUUCUACCCCCGAAGAACCCUAUGCCCUGGAUAUACUUCUCAUCACCAUACAGGACAUUCUGGCAUACCAGAGACGCAGUCAACAUCGGCUGUCCUCUGGUCUUUAUCUGGGUUACCUGAAGCUCAGUAGCUCUGUGGAUCAGAUCAAGGUUUUGGUUCCUCAACGAAUGCCCAACAUGCUCUGCCACACAAAGAUACGAGACAACUGGAAUGUGUCAAGGGAUGAGUGGGAAUGGCUGCAGUCGCUGUCUGACCCUGUGGAGCUGGAAGACGCAGAGAAGACUACAGACUGCCUCCUUUACACUGAGCUCCAGAUGGCUAUUAAGAAUCUGCUGCACCAGAUCAAUCUACCUCUCCACCAGGCCAAGCACUUCCGUCUCUACACACACGAGGUGCUGGAGCUCGGUCACAAUGUGUCCUUUCUUCUGCUGCUGCCCGCCUCAGACGACGUUUGCUCUGCCCCGGGACAGACCAACCCCUACACGCCACACUCGGGGUUCCUCAACCUCCCUCUUCAAAUGUUUGAGCUCGUUCACUUUUGUUCAUAUAAGGAAAAAUUCAUCAGCCUGUACUGUCGGCUGUCCUCAGUGCUGGACCUGGAUGCUCUGAUUACCCAGCAGGCCUUUAGAGAAGCCAUCACAGACACAGAGGUGUCCACAGCCAAACAGAGACACCAGCACAUAUUGGACUACAUUCAGCAAUUGGACGAGAUGUGGCGAGACGUCCGCUGGAUCACCAAUGCCCUGCAGUACGCCCGCUAUAAACAGACUCUCGGCUGGGUGCCUAUCACCUGGCUGGUGGAUGUCAGCGUGGAGCCUGUUGUCCAGAAGAAUGACUCCACAUCCUCUAACACAGACUACGUGCCCACUCCCUCCCCCUCUCCAAAAAUGAGGAGAAGAAAGGCCACGAUUGAUUCCCAGCCAGGGUCUGAUGAGGAAGGCUGCUCGGAGGUCUUUCUUCCCACGGACAGCGACUAUGACUCCAGUGAUGCCCUGAGCCCCAGAGACCUGGACUUAGUUUAUUCCUCAGCCCAGGAUCUCUCCCAUCAGUCCGCUCACAUUCUCAGUGGCAGCGCUCCAGAUGUACUUCAGAUACAUGAUCUCAAAUACAGCGCCUGCUCCGAGUCCAUCCUGGAGACCGAUUCCUGCGCCAAGGACAUGGAGGACCUGUCGCUGUCCUCAUAUUCCGUAAAGUCUGUAGACAAACCCUCUCGCUGCAAGUUCCUGGCCGAUCCGCCGACAAAGCGCAAGCUGCUCUCCAAAAGCCAUCCCCAGAGGAGUUACUUCGGCGGGCCACAUCGCUGGCUGCGGGUGCAGAGCGAGAGCCGCUCGCCCUCUCUCUCCGAAGGCAUCUACACCAGACAGAGUGAUAUUGAGUUACCGCUGGAGUCACCCAUCUCCCUGUCGCACUCUCCCACUACCUCCUACAGUUUGGAUGAGUCCAGGGCGAACUACAGAGAGAGCAAGCCCAAUGUCCGCAGAAUCUUUGUGGAGUCCUGCAGUGAGACGUCGCCCAGGAGAGACCCUCCGCACUGGGAGGAGAUGGGGAUGAGCGGAGCUACAGCACGAGAAACGGGAUCGGGAUACGGCACCACGACGGAAGCUCAGGAUGUAGACUCGGACGAGCUAACCAAUGAACAAGUGUCGGAGGUCCUCAGCAGCACUCUUUAGAGCGUUUUACUGCGUAGAUGUGCAUUCAUCUCACCAGCUGUAUUGCCUCUUAGCUCAGACUACCCCUCGUCUCCAACCUAUACAACACUAUAAAACAACUCACUGUUGUAGUGAGCGAACACUUAGGCUAAUCAAUUCUUGCGUCCUCUCUGUGGAGUUUGAAGAGGAUGUGAAGUUGCAGGUCAACUUUGUGGGACUCAUAAAUCAUGGCUCUGACUGUUAAAAUGUCGAUUAUCAAUGCAACCUGAUUUAAAGCACUGCGUUUCCUCAGAACUUGAAAUUUCCUCAGCCAAUAGAGCGCAAUGGUUCUGGAAGUACUGCUUUGUCCAUUCAUUUUCACCAUAGUCUUUUCUAUUUAGGAGAGAAGUCUAAGCAUUGAACCAGACCUGCAAAGAUAAAUGCCAACAUACAGCAUUUCAUUUGAAGCCAAAAUGAAUGGUAAAGUACAAUAUACACUACCGGUCAAACGAUUUAAAACACUUACUCAUACUUUAUUUAUAUUUUUUCCACAUUAGCCUGAUAAGGAACACUGUGCCGUACACGGUACACCCCUCCCUUGCACGUGAGGCUGCAUUACGUCAUUGUAACUUUGAAGCAUUAAAUCUUCAAAAUAUACGGUCAUGCGGCACAUCGUUGUAAAGCUUAGACUUUCGGGAUUCCAUUAAGCACACACACAAAGCAUAAUAUGAUUUUUAGCAGUCAUAAAACUGUAAUCUAGUUGUUAGUUACCUGAACCGGGCGGCGCCGAUUUAGGAUAUUUACUUACCUUCAAAAUCUUCCCUUUAUCCGCUUCGGUGAAAUUGUCCAAAACAAAUUGUUCAUAAAUCCCCAAAAGUCCAAGGAAUUGGAAUAUCCAAGCCUUUUAAUCCAAAACAAUUUGUUCAUCUCACAAUCUUGACAUUUCUGACCGAAUUACGAUAUAAAUAGUGUAUACAAUUAGUUCACUAACAGACAUUCGUUCGAAUCUCACUUUUCAUUCACGAUUUAUAAUGAAUAUAUUCGGAUGUCACGUUUAUUGUGCAACGUCUGAGGAACAAAUACGAAAUACGCCCCCUUGUGGAAUUUCAGCCGUUCCAUAAGAGGUUAGAAAAUAAUAGUAGACACAAAUUUGACUCGAUGGCGCACUAAAGUCACCGCCCUAACACAAUCAUGAGCAUCCAUUCAGGUUGCAGCAAUAUUUGAAAGUUGAAAUAGACAGCAGCUUUCCUGCGAGUGGGGCGUGGUUUUAGCACUGCCAGUGGACACGCCCCCAGCGUUGGAAAGCACAGAAUCCCUCCUAUUUUUUUUCAAGAUUUUGAUAACUAAUUUUAUUUACUUGGCAUUUUUUCAUCAUUCAAAAUUGGUUGGUGGUUAAUAGCACAUUUUCCUGUGGUGUGACAAACAAUCAGGACUUUACACAGACUUUAACAAUAUUGAGUAUUCAGUCUAAUGCUGCGUUCACACCAGCCGCUGUAGAGGGGUCAAGCGAAAGUGAUUUCAAUGUUAAGUUAAUGUAAAGAAAAAUGUGCCACGUUUACCAAUCAGGACCUUGCUGUAGGGAUGUAACGAUUAAAUCGUGUGUCCCGUUAAAAAUGCCUGUCUGAAAUCGAUUCUGAAUCGCAAGGCUGCGUUUCAUGCUAAUAUUCCUGUAGACAUUUCCUGGAAUAGCGUUUAUAAUGCUACUUCUUCUGUGGCGCAAAGGGAGUUACUGCAUGAGAGCGCCCCCUGGAGUUCGGAUGUGCUGGGAUUUCACCGUAAUUAAUUCAAAUUCAUUCAUUGAGAAAACGCACAUUUGCACGAUUAAUCGUUACAGCCCCAUCUAGUAGUGACAUGAUUGCAGGAAGUGAGUAGAGUCGCUGAAGCCCCUCCCAUGACGUGAAUUUCCGCAUGAAAUUCUAGUCAUCGAGACAUUCACGCGGAAAUUCGCGUCAUGGGAGGGGCUUUAGCGACUCCGCUCGCUUCCUUUAAUCACGUCACUACUAGAGCAAGCUCCUGAUUGGUUAACGCGGCACGUUUUUCUGCCAAAGUUCAGAUUUUUCAACUUGCGCGUUUCCCACGGCAAUGCUCAAUUCACGCACGAAUGAAGCGAGUACACUCAAAAUGUUCAAGCGUCCAACUACGUGCAGUAGACGCGAAUUUUACGCCUCAAAUGCGUCUGGUGUGAACCCACAGUCAUCCUUUUUAAAAAAAAGUAAUACAAUUUUAGUUUUCUAAUAAAAAAUAUGAUAUAUAAAUAAAAUAAAUAAAUAAAAUAAAAUUAAUUUGCAACAGUUAGACACAUUCAGAUGAAAAGAUCAUGGGAAGUAUUUAAGUCAAGUGUUUCAAGAUUUUUGACCUGUAGUGUGAACUAAUGCAGGCAUGGCUUGUAAAUAUAAAUAUACAAUGUUUCAUUUUAAUUAAAUUAUUUAAACUAUAUACAAAUAUGUGUUAAAGAAAAAAACUAUUAAAAAUGCUGGUUUGUUUCAACACAUUGUUGGGUAAAAUAUGGACAAACUCAAACAUUAGGUUUAAAUUAACCUGUGCUUGUUUGUUUCAACCAAUGGUUGGGCCAAAUGUGGACUUUUUAGAUCAAGGGUUGGGUUUGUCCAUACUUUACCCCACCUUUGGUUAAAAUAAACCAGCAGUGUGUGGAGUGUACACUGUCAGAAAAAAUGGUCACUGUCACUGGAGCAUUAAUGGGUCCUUAUAUAGUACUAUUUACUGUAGGUACAGAUAUGUAGGUUAUACAUUUGGUACCAGCAUGUAUCUUUGAGGUACUAAUAUGAACUCUUAAGGUGCAAUUCUUGAAAGGUACUGCCCCAGUGCCAGCUUAAAACCAUUUUCUAACAACAGUGUAGUUUACUGAUAAUUAAGAUAUUAAGUGUUUUUUUU